AUGACCGCUGUGGACACACUCUUACCACUGGGAGUGCUCUUGUCGUGUAUGGAGGCGUACGCUCCGGAGGUUGCGGUCAACACCGCCGCCGCUGACAGUCCGGUGUCCGCCAAAGAGCCGGAAGAGAGCGAUGACGAGCUGAAGGCAGACGAUGUGGUAAUCGGUGCGGCGGUGGCUGCGGUGGUGGCGCAGGUGAUGGACAGUCCGACGGCAGACGGGGGAGACUUUGAGCUCAUAUCGCACGACGAGUUGCCGGCCGACGAAGACCUGCCGACAGCGCCGACACCCAAAUGGGGCCACCAGUGGAUCAACGCCUCGAUGGCCAAACUCAGCGCCCACUCGCCGUUUGCCGGUCGGCGACAAAUGCCGCGGCCGUGGUAUAGACGCCCGGAGCCGGCGCUGGGCGUCAAACUCGAGUCGUUGAACGCUGUGGUGAACAAUCCGUAUAUAUCGCCGCUGCUGUCGGCGCCCGACUUUCACGACAUUCCCCUCUAUCUCGUGGCUCUGGUAUACGACGCCUGUCUCGACGACAGCGUACAGAUGGCCAAGAAGUGGAAGGGCCCGGUAUGUCUUGAUGUGAUCGACGCACUGCCGCACGGAUUCUUGAAUUUUGUAUUACUCUCUGAAGAGGCCCAACGGGCCGGCGAUCUAUGUCUCGAUCGCGUUCAACAGGCCCUCACGUGAUGGCCACCGACUCUUUCAGCCGACCCGAUGUCUACCCGUAAACCGCAUUUCCCUAUCAAUCAAAGUUGUAUUCAAUCAAAAUACUCGGCCUUUUGUGUUUUAGACCAUUUGCCGAUUUUUUGUUAACCAGAAUAAUACCCGAUAUU